AUGGACCCAGGCACCGCACUUGGAGUAGCCUCGCUAGGCUUGGAGGUCUGCAAAAUCCUCUUGAUCUUCUAUCAAGACUUUCAGAGCCAGAACAGCGACAUCAAGGAAGUUUAUGACAGCAUCAGGCGCUUGGGGCAUCUGUUCGAACAAUGCCAGGUGGUUAUCCAAAGAGUCACUGCCAACAACGACACACGCAAGACGGUCGACGAAUGCCUGGCAGACUGUCUGGAGGACGUCAAGGAGCUGGAGAGACAGGCGAAGAAGCUCACUGGCGACCCUGACCUCAAAACAGUGUUUGACAAGCUCAAAGUUGGUGGUCGGAAACUCGCAUACCCUUUCAGACGAGGAACUCUACAACAACUGAAGGGCUUCGUUACGAACACGCUCGACAGUCUAGCAGUCGCCAUCGAUCUCCUGCAGCUUGAUAUAUCCGUGGAUGGCUCCGCCGCUUUGAAGGCACAAGUUGCAGACAUCCUGCACCAGAUGAACGCGAUAGCGAACAGCAUCAGGACCAUCGACACCACGACGCAGAUGAUCGCGAAAGAUGUCGGCACUGCACUGAGUAUUGCACAACAGCAAGAGCUCGACGCCGCUCUAAAUUGGCUCAAUGCUCCAGAUCCUUCCACAAAUCACGAAGAGGCUCGAAAAAAGCACGAGGAAGGUACCGGCGAGUGGUUCUUGGCAUCCAAGGAGUACAAGGACUGGGUCGAAGCGGAAAACCGACUAGGCCAAGCAGUCCUGGACCAGUUUGGUGCUUUCACUGACGAGACAACUGAGUAUCGGGAGUCCACUCCAUGCUCGACUAGGGAUAUUCGGGAAGCUAUGCAACGCAACCAAGCAGUUUCAGUGAGGCUGAGCGAAGAAAGCAUCAAUCCCGACAUCCAACUAUUCAUUGAACGAAGGCUUGAACGCGAUCUCAACUUUGACAGCGGAAAGAAGAGGUUCUUAUUGGAGCAUAAGACUGAGAUCAAAGAGGCAUUUGAACAAAAGGCUGGUGGAAUGUCCAGAUGGGCAUACUGCCAGCUCGAGGAAAUCAAGCGGGCGAAAUACUUCCGGAAAAUAGAGCUCUCGAAGGUACUGGCGAGGCUUCCUUCAAGCUUGGCAGAGACGUACGAGCGGAUUCUCCUUCGAUUACCUGAACAAUGCUCGCGCGAUGUGAGAAAGGCUCUCAUAUGGCUCGCCUUUUCCCGGGACCAUCUUACAGCGCAGAUGUUGACCGAAGCCUGCAUUACGUCUCCCGAUGAAAAUCCUUUUGUCGACGAAGGGAGCCGCGACACGAUGCCGGAGAUGUUGGAAGUGCUGUCUUCGCUCCUCCAAAUUGAAGGGCAGGGCGAUGGUGAAGACAAGACCGAAAAAAACCUGGCCCAACGACGAGUACAACUGGCACAUUUUUCGGUGAAGGAAUUUCUGGUCGAUUCUCGAACAGAAAACGGGCCGGCAAGCUUUUUUUAUCUGGACAUCGGAACGGCUCAGGAUUUCCUCGCGCAAAGCUGCUCGGCCUACAUGAUUCAUUGCUAUGAGCAUCAUCGCGGCUCAGCAUCGAGCCGCAAUGAGCAACCGCUGCUGAAAUAUGCCUGCGACUACUGGAUUUCUCAUAAAAGGGCAGCAGAACAACGGCCAGUCCACACCCUGACGCACCAGCAUCACUUACGAGUGCUCCAAGACUCGAGAAUCCUAGUAUGGUGGCAUCGCUUGAGCGGGAUCAGGGUUUGUGGGUCCUGGCCGCCAUUAGUACUCGCGGCUUUUUGCAACUUGCCAAGAACGUGCCUCCAUCUGGUGCAGCAGACCAGAGCUCCUGAUGUCGAGGGUCCCGGAGAUCCUUCCAAUCCUAAGCUCUUUGAGAGACCUGGCCAAACAGGGUCACCUCUCUCGACCGCUGCUAGGAACGGAUAUAUGGGGAUUGUGGAACUGCUAUUCGAACACGAUGCGGACCCAAACUUCACACCGAGAUUUCCGCCACUGGUUUCUGCAGUUUUGGGACGAAAUGACGACAUCGCACGUAUCCUGCUCCGUCAGCCGACCGUCGAUGUAAGUUCAGCACUUCCAAAUGGUUCCUCUGCUUUGCACCAUGCCUGUCGAAUAGGACAUACCAGUCUAGCCAUGGAGUUGAUCAGAAGAGAAGCGGACGUCCACUCUCGAACUAGUUAUAGGGAAACGCCUCUUCUAGUAGCAUGUGGUCAUAACGCCAGCCCACAGUUGAUUCGUGUAUUGGUCGAUGCCGGUAGCGACGUCACAGUUAGAAACACGCAUGGCGAUUCGACGAUCCACCAGGCUGCUUUAGCUUGUCGAGAUGACACUGCGGACGAGACAACGUUUAUGGAGAGAGCUGGUAUUUUGAUUCGCCAUGGGUGUCCAGUUGAUUCACGCAACGCGACUGGGGCUACAGCACUGCAUGCUGCCGCUUCCACAGGCAACUCCCGCGUCGUGAAAGUUUUGAUCCGCCUAGGUCUGGACGUCAAUACGAUUGAUCUUGCCAAAUCCACACUCUUAUGGAAGCUGUCGGCAAGUUCCCGCGGGAGCACAACCCAGAAUGGAGUGGAAAGCGUAGCGACACUGUUGAGCCGAGGCGCUGACGUCGACCCCCACUCGCACGAUGCAUCCGUACCUACGCCUCUGGAAGUUGCGUGCCAACACAAGCAUAUCACAGAGAUCGAGCUGCUCAUGGACAACGGCGCGGAGACACGGCGUCCCCUGGCUGUGGUAGAGCGGGGCGGACAUGGAGACAGUGUUACAAGUAAAGAGGAACGCGACAAAGCCCGCGCUGUUGCGAGGCUACUUUGA